GGCGGAGGCUGGUCCUUUCUGGGUUCCGGCUCCGGCUCCUUCCCCCGCCCACCCAGGCGGCGCUGUCCCUGACCGAGCUGCGCGAUUGAGGGUUCAGAGAUGGGCAGUGAGAAGGAGCAGAGUCCGGAAGCACACCUGCCUGAGGAAGGGGAAAGGGAGAAGCCCUGGAGAGUGGAUGGCUCAGAGGGCUCUCAGAUCAUAUCUGGGGAGGAACAUGGGCAGGCGAGUCUGUCCAAGGGUCUUCAAGGAACACAUUCAAAAAUGCCUUGGCAGAAAGUCACUGCCCAAGCUGGAGGCCCUGGGAACCCCAUUGCUUUUUCAAGCCCAGAGGCGGACGAGAAGCCUUUUAUAUGUGUGCAGUGUGGCAAAACCUUCAACAAUACCUCCAACCUGAGAACACACCAGCGGAUCCACACUGGUGAGAAGCCAUACAAGUGUUUGGAGUGUGGCAAGAGCUUCUCCCGAAGCUCCAACCGCAUCCGGCACGAGAGGAUCCACCUGGAAGAGAAGCACUACCAGUGCGCUAAGUGUCAGGUGAGCUUUCGGCGGCGCUCAGACCUCACUACUCACCAGCAAGACCACCUGGGCCAGCAGCCGUACCGCUGUGACAUCUGUGGCAAGGGCUUUAGUCAGAGUGCCACGCUGGCUGUCCAUCACCGAACCCACCUGGAGCCAGCUCCUUACAUCUGCUGCGAGUGUGGGAAGAGCUUCAGCAACAGCUCCAGCUUUGGGGUACACCACCGUACCCACACGGGUGAGAGGCCUUACGAGUGCACUGAGUGUGGACGGACUUUCAGCGAUAUCUCCAACUUCGGUGCACACCAGAGGACGCACAGAGGGGAGAAGCCGUACCGCUGUACUCUGUGUGGGAAGCACUUCUCCCGAAGCUCCAACCUCAUCCGACACCAGAAGACACACAUGGGCGAGCAGGAUGAGAAAGAUUCUAGCUAGAGGGGAGCCGUGCUUAGAGAGUCGGGGAGAGCAUAGAGCCCACCUCGACAGAAGGAGGCCUUAAGGACCUGCUGUGGCCACCUGGCCUGCAAACCUUUCCCUUUGUAGAAUGGUCCCUUGUUGCCUUUGAAGUCAGGGAAUCCUGCCUCCUCCCAGGCAGUUUCUUGCCUUGGAAAAUCAGAGUGCCCAGUCUUCACUUCCUCAGGGGUGGAGAAAGUGGGAUAGGCUUAGGACUUGCGCUCGUCAUUGGGACAUUAGUCCCUGGCUUUGUGGGACGCGCCUGAGAUGGCGUCACCAUCUGCGGGUCCUUUAAAGCCAUCUAGCUUCAGACACACCGCAGUGCCCUGUGAGUUCCUACCUGCUGUGCCUCAUCCAACACAACUUCUAGAGCCCUAGGCCGGGAGGCGUGGCCUCUGUUGGAGGGGCCUCUCUGUCUGAGAAGAGGCCCAUGGUUCCUCAGUAAGAAGGAAAAGGAAGCCUCAGGGAUCCAGAGUCCAGGGACCCUCGCACUCCCCGUGUCUGUUACCUAUAUCUUCCUCACCCCAACUUGAUCACUCCUCAGUGAUCACCAGUAAAACACGUCAAUGAGAAGAACAUGUGUACUUAUUUGGCGAUGUGGGGAGCUGGGGAGAUUGUUCCAGGGCAGCCUCCCUGUGAAGGAGUUGAGUUCCGAGACAGGUGGCGGCUCCUCUGAAAUGUGAAGGACAGCAGGCCGAGCCGCUGGAGCUUUUAGAGGAGGGGAAAGGGAGUGAGUCGGCUGAACAUCACUACAGGCUGUGGGUUGCGUGCGCCAUAUUCUUUAUCUCAUUCGGUUGCCACAGAGACCCCCGAGGGCGGAUGAAAACACCGAAAGUGGGUGCGCGAUGGGGCCCGUGUAGACGCUGACCAUGCUUUACACGUGGGCAUUGUUGGCUUCUGAAGGAGGCUGGCCUAGAGGUGGGGGCUAGUGUGGCAGAAGCCAGUGUCAGGGUGAGGAUCUUUCAAACUUUAGGUUAUGACUGAACACUUUUGUGGCUGGGAAAAAUGACAGUGGCAGGGAGUAGGGGGUUGGAAUGGGAUAAUAGGAAAAUUCUUAAAACCCGGAUGGUAGCGCGCCAUUAAUAGCAGUAGAUUCGUCCCUGGGACUUGGACACUAAGGUUGCCUGGUUUCCGAUUUAGGCCUGGUCUCACAUGGCAGUUUCUCACAUGGAAGCUUAGUGUCCACCCAGCUUCCCUUUAUCAAAUACAAGGUACCCCUUCCUAUCUCUUCUGUUAGUCUGGGGUCCCGCCUCUUUGUUUGUGCCCAGUUACCAGAAUGUGAUUUUGGUACCAGAGCUGGCAUGGUAUGGCCUGUCACUUCAUCUAGCAGAUGGGGCCCUGCCACUCAGCCUCGCUGUAUGAAUUUUACACUCAGAUGAAGGUACCCUGGGAGGUAAAAAUAUAUCCACAUUUCACAAAAUGGAAACAGACUGCCGGAGACAGUGGCGUGUCCAAGGUAAAAGAGGGCAUAAUGCCAUGACCAUGGACUGAAUCUGCUGCCCAGUGCUUAUAAAUAUAGUUAAAACGAUAAAGACCGGGCUGACAAGAUGGCUCAAUGGGUACAUGCUCCCAAGCUUGAUGACCUGAGUUUGGCCCCCAGGACCCACAAGUUGGAAGGAAAAAACUGGUUCCUGUAAGCUGCCUUCUAAUUUCAUUUGUACCAUUGCACAUGUGCACACACACAAUAAGUACAUGUAAUUUAAUCUAAAUUGUAGGAGACUUCUCAGACGAUUCCUUUGCAUUUACAUAGCACCUUAUAGAGUUUGCACAGCACUUGUCUGUCAUAUGCCAUCCCUCCCCUCCUCUCUCCCCCUCCGUUUUCCUUCCUCUGCUCCCUCCCUCUUCUCUUCUUGAACUGUGCGGCCAGGCUUACCCUAAUUUAAGACGUAUAGCCCAGCAUAUGCACACGCCUUUAAUACCAGGAUGUGAGAGGCAGAGACAGGUAGAUCUCUGGGUUUAACUCAUAGAGUUCCAGGUCAACCAGAGCUACAUAGUGAGGCCCUGUCUCAAGAAACAAAAAGGAAAAAAACAAGAAACCUUAGACAUGUAAUUUGGCAUAAACAGAAAUAGAAGCCUGCGGUUGUAUUGCCUGCAGGACUGAAGUCGACACCAGGGGGCGCAAGAGAUUAUAAACUAACACCUCUAAUGAGAAAAUACAUCUUCAGCCAGAAGUGGCGGCCCACACCUUCAAUUCCAGCACUUAGGGGGCAGAGGCAUGAGGCCAGUCUGAUCUACAUAGUGAGAGUUCCAGGACAGCCAGGGCUAUGUAGAGAGCCCCUAUCCCUCCAAAGCAUUGGAAGACUGCCCCCACCUCACCCCAUAGUGUAGCUGGGCUGGUUAUUGAAGGUGCUUCCCAGUAUGAAUGCAAACUGGAACUCAGAAGAAAAUGACGCAGGAAGAAUUUGAGGAUAUCAGCAGAGAGGAGCCUUAAGGAGCCAAACAAAUACCCGUAAAUGGGAAAUUAUAAUAAUUGAAAAAUACACUAGAGCAAUGACCUGUGGGUCCUGAACAGUUUAGGGGCCAAACGACCCUUCAUAGGGGUUGCAUAUCAGAUAGCCUGCAUAUCAAAUAUUUAUAUUAUGAUCGUAACAGUAUCAAAAUUACAGUUAUGAAGCAACAAUGAAAUAAUUUUAUGUUGGGGGUCACCACAACAUGAGGAACUGUAUCAAAGGGCUGCAGCAUUAGGAAGCUGAGACCCACUGCAUAGAGGACUUCAGUGACAGACUUGAGCAAGCAGAAGAAUCUGCGUGGGCCAGAGGGACGGCUCAAUGAGUAAAGUACUUGGUCGCACACAUCUGAGCUUCAUCCCCUGCUCCACAGUAAAGGAGAGAACCUAGCCUCGAAAGAUAUUCUCUGCAGCUGGGGAGAGGCUUGGUGGUUAAGAGAGUUUACUGCCCUUGCAAAAGACCUGGGUUCAGUUCCCAGCUCCCACACCAGGUAGCUCACCACUACCAGCUCCAGGGGAUUCCAAAAGACUCUGGCCUCUAUAGGUACCUGCACACAUGGUACACACUAAUUCAGGUAGGUGCAUACAUAUAUUUAAAAAUUAUAUUAAGUCUGGGCAUAGCGGCCCUUGCCUUUAAUCCCAGCACUGGGGAGGCAAUUCUCCACAGUUCUCCUGAGUUCAAGGCCAGCCUGGUCUACAGAUUGCAUUCCAGGACAGCUAGAGCUACGAGGUGAGAUCACAUCUAAAAAACAAACAAACAAACAAAAAAACAAAGAAA